AAGCUAGAGGUUUCCGGAACCACAAGGUUUGUUUUCUUCCAUCUCUGUUAACUCAGGCAAAAAGCGGCGAACACCAGAAACCCCAACUCACUGAGUUCGGAACACGAAGAGAGAGAAAGAGAGAGAGAUGGUGGUGAUCGAACCAGCACCGAGUGAAGAAGAGAGAAACGCUGUCAAUGUUACUCCCAAAUCGAAACCAAAGCCAUCAAAAGCAGUAGCAGCCGAGUCGAGCUCGAGCCACGACGCAACAUCGGCUGCCGGAGACAUCUCCGACGGCUUCGAAACCGCUAGCGAAAGCGAUUUCAAUGGCGGUGAUGAACAACAACAACAACAAGAAGAGCAACAACAACAACCACAACAACAAUCUGUGUCUCCAAAAGAUGACUCUCUCGAAGCUACCUCCAACGACGAUGAAUCGAUACAGAAAGCGUUGAUUGAAGCAAAUGAUGCAAAAUUGGAUGGUAAUAGACUUUUUGGAGAUGGGCAGUAUGAAGAGGCAUUGGUGCGGUAUGAAGCUGCUUUACAAGUUGCACCAGAGAUGCCCUCAUCUGUUGAAAUACGCUCAAUAUGCCAUGCAAACCGGGCAAUAUGUUUCUUCAAACUAGGAAAAAAUGAGGACACAAUAAAGGAAUGCACAAAAGCAUUAGAACUGAACCCUAAUUAUGUGAAAGCUCUACGUAGAAGAGGAGAGGCUCAUGAAAAACUUGAACACUUUGAAGAGGCUAUUGCAGAUAUGAAGAAAAUCUUGGAACUAGAUGAAUCAGAUGUCCAAGCUAGGAGAACCAUUCAACGUUUGGAGCCAUUGGCUGCAGAAAAACGUGAAAAAAUGAAACAAGAGAUGAUUGAUAAGUUGAAAGACAUGGGAAACUCUGUUUUGGGCCGGUUUGGGAUGAGCAUCGACAACUUCAAAGCCGUUCAAGAUCCAAAUACUGGUUCCUAUUCGAUUUCGUUCCAACGCUAGUUAUGGUCUGUUCGUGUUCAUCUCAACACAUGCUUGUCAUUGGAAGAAACACAAGAAGGAAUGUGGAGGUUUUUGACAUGAUGAUACAAAUAUGCAGUGCUUGUAUUUGCAGGCAUUUAGUUAAAACUGCAGAUGCGUUUUAGGGUUCCAAACUUCAAUGUUUACGUGGCUUCGUGUUUUAAGGUGGAUUAACAAAAACUCCUCAUAUUAUUUUUCGAUUGGUUGCGAGUAUUUAUAUGUUGGAAUGGCAAAUAUACUCUUCACUUAUAAUUGUUUUUGAUUGGUCAAGUAUUUUGAAUUGGCUUGAUAACAACACCA